UUACGGUACUGUGCUAGAGCUUGAAUUUCCAUCGUGUCUUAAACAUGGAGGGUGAGGUAACGCUGGACAGAGUAAUAGCCUUUCUCAGGGUAUACUUGACAUUCGCUUGUUGUUGGCCUCUUCCACCGCACGCGACCAAGUUCCAGAGGCUUGGUCGCCUUGCCUUCCAGUGUUUUUGCGUCGCGAAUUCGGUACUAGUCGCUAGCUUUGCAGUAUGGACGCUUUACGAGAACAGCAACGAUGUGUUUCUAGUGAUGAAAUUAGGAUGUCAAUUCAGCGCCAUGGUGCAAGUUCCAUUGCAGUUGAUACUCUUCUCGAUGCAGAACAAGCGUUUGCGGUAUAUCGUUUUGGAAAUGGAGGAUUAUUAUCAACACGCGCAAAAGUAUGAAAAAGAAAUUUUCCAAAAGUACAUCGACAAUUGCAAGCCGUUUUAUGGUAGUAUACUUGGUUGGUUGGCAAUGACAGGAAUCAGCGUUAUAAUGACCCCUGUGGUCUCGUCACAACCGUUUCCGUGCGAGGUGCAGUAUCCGUUCGACGUGCAAUAUCAGCCAUUGAAAAGUAUCAUUUACGCACACCAUAUGCUAAUUGCCUACCAAAGUGUGAUACAAGUUAGCGCCAAUACUUUCCCCGCGCUCCUACUUUGGUUUAUAGCCGCCCGAUUCGAAAUUCUGUCCGUGCGGUUUCGUACAAUGACGAACAUGAAAGAACUUUUAAAAUAUACGCGCGAGCACAGCCUACUACUUGGGUAUGCGAGAGAAGUGACUCAUGCAAUUCGUUACGUAGCAUUGCUAUGCGUGACUUUUAGCACCGGUGCUGUAAUAUUCGGUUAUCUUACGUUUAUGAGUCGUCAACCAUGGUCAGUGAAAUGGACAUUUCUUAUGAUCGCUUUUUGCGGCUUUGUGGAACUCUACAUGUACGCCUGGCCAGCUGACAAUAUAAUUAGCACGAGUACCGACAUAGCGUCUGCCGUAUACGAAUCGUUAUGGUAUAACGACGAUGUGACCAUGCAAAAGGUUUUAGUACAAAUCAUAUUAAGAAGUCAGAAUCCGGUUAUCGUUUCAGUUCCAGGUGCAUUACCACACUUAUCUAUGAACUAUUAUGCAUCGUAUAUCUCGACAGUUUUCUCAUAUAUGGCAUUUGUACGUAUCAUGAUGGGCGAUGAAGAGUAGAAAAAGGAUCAAAUUUAAGGUAAAAAUCUUGAAACUAUAUUUUUUUGAAAAUCUGCUGUGUAGAACUGCAAUGUAAUAAAAACGUAUAUUUAUUAAUAAGAAUAUAUAUAUUUAUCAAUAAGAAUACCUCAAAGAUAUCCGUAUCUAUCUCUAUAGAAAUAUCUUAUUAUAUACCCAUCUACACAUAAGAAUUGUAUGUUUGUGAUAAUCUGAAAAUAAAUUAUUAAUUAUGGUUGAUUUUACUUGCAACA